AUGAAGGGUUGUACAAGCGACGCGAAAGAGUCUCCUCCGAUGGAGACAUGGUUAAGUUGGUGUGCGAUCUGUACCGACUUCGGAGAGGAGACGGGGGCGUAUGUCACUCAGCCGUUUGCAGAACGUCAUUUUGGUCAGCCGGCAUUUGGCAAGCUUCGAUUACUCAGGUUCAAGAGGGUGCCGGUGACCCCAUGUGGCAUCAAUGGAGUUAUGCUUUUGGGUCGUAGGACGACGUUCUGUUCGAGGUUGGUUAAUUUACAGCACCCUAAGUUGGAGAGUCUGGCAAGUCUUUUAAAAAGCAAUUCCACCCUGUCAGGUGUUAAGCUCCGGGAUGUCGCCGUUUCCAUCAUCGAUGCUUUGACCGAACGGUUCACAAACGCAGAAACUUGCCAAUUAACUCUCACUCUACAAGACAUUUCGCAAGCUGUAGCCGCAUUACCCCCCCUUACCGAACAGAUUGAUCCACAAACCUCAGGGCCAGGGUGGUGCUCUUGGUUCACCAAGAAAGUGCACACCCGUGACGAUCCAUAUGUCGCCGCGGGGGCACAUGUCAGCGGGUCCAAUACUGGUCCUGUUCCUGAACCUGAUCAUGAGACUCAACCUGAUCAUGAGACUCAACCUGAUCAUGAGACUCAACCUGAUCAUGAGACUCAACCUGAUCAUGAGACUCAACCUGAUCAUGAGACCCAACCUGGUGCUGAGACCGGUCUUGAAACGGAGUCUGGUUUACAUGUCUUGGGUUACGAUCUGGUGUUGAGUGCCGGCACCGACUCAAGCCCCGUAGACGCUCUGGCACCGGAGUUCCAAGCGUACGCUGUGGGAUUGGCGUUGUUGGUUCUAUACAGCAAUGUUCCAGCUUCUAGAGACAGUCGUGCGUUCAAAUCCAUAGUGUGCAACUUUUUGGCCACUCUGGAGAUCGCGAUCAACACUCUACGAGAUGCCCCCUGGUUCCAGCCUACUACCACGGAGACGGUAGAGCGACUUAAGUCCUGCGACUACCUAGAGAUACUAAAAUACAAACUACAGUAUUCGACCGAGCUGGAAAUUGCUUGGGAUCGGAUGCAGUGUAAAAAAAGAGCCCGCCGUGCUACCGAACGCGCAACUCCAGUGUCUGCGUGA